AAAAAUCUUAAUGAACGCUGAAUUGGAAAACCUAAAGAGAGAGCAAUUUUUUAAGCUAAAGGAGAUAGGAAAGGCCCUAAAUCUGGACUUCAACCUCGAGACUAACAUGAAGGAACUCAAGAAACAUAAGGAAAUGGUGGAUAAGGCUAACUCUUUGAUGCGCAUGAAUAACGACCUUGAGGUUCAACUUUCUUCUCUCACACAAGAACUUUCUAAUGUAACUAAGGAAAGAGAAACCUUACAAGAGAGUUAUAGCCAGCAGUUGAUUAUUAUGAACAAGAAGUUGGAAGAAAUGAAAGAAGAGAAAGAGCAGAAGCUAAGUAGCCUCGAGCAUAAGACUAAAGCCCAAAUGGAGCAUAACCAGAGAGAGCUUAAUCAGAUUGAAAAACAUAAUAUUCACAUGAUGAAACAGAUGAAAUCUGUCAUGAAUAAUAUUGAUAAUAAUGAGUUCUUAAGACAAGUCAAGAAAGAUUCUCAUGGAGAUAACAUGUUCAACGAUUUCAGGGAAACUGGAAUUCAAGAAGGGGAAGAUAAGACUAAAGAACUAGAGUUCAAGCAAAUCCAAGAGAGACUUAAGGAAAAAGAAGCAUUUGAGAACCAAUACAGAGAUUUGAUUUAUCAGAAAGACCUAGAAUUUGAAGCGCUGAAAGAAAAAUAUGAAAAAGUUAUGAAACAUAGAGACCAAGAAAUUGAAAGGGCUAAAGUAGAGAUCGUCAAAAUUUUCACAUCCAUUUUUGACCAAGAGAUGAAAAUCAAGGCAAAGCAGAUGCUACAGUAUGAUAUGAACACUCGACAGACUCAAGAAUGGAAUGAAGCUCCUUUCAAUUCUAUGAUGAAUAAUAUGGCAGAUAAAUUUCCCAUGCUUUUGAGAACCCUUAAAGAAAAGAAAGGAGUCUUACUUAACGAAAGAGGCAAGCCUCUUGCCAAGAUCAAGCCACAAAAUGUUGAAAAACCUAUCGAGGAACUAACGGAUGAAGAGCUUAUUGAAGAGAUUAAGCUAAUGCAAAGCACAAAGGCUGAUAUGAAAUAUAAAUACCAAGCAAAUAAGAUAAAGGAGAAAAUUAAGUUAAAAGAUAGUAAAGGAAACUUCCAGAUGUCUAUUCCUUAUAAAAAUCCGUCUCUAUUCCAAACAAUGGGUAGUGGAAGACCUAUGACUCAGACAUUUGGUCAUAGAUCUAGCAUGGGAAACCUCCACAGUAAAUUGAUGAUGUCAGAGGUGACCAAUACAAAAGGGUUCUUUCAUAACAGAAGAAGAGAUAAUAGGGCUACAAGUAUUCAGUCGACUAGAUCAAAGUCGAAUACUAAGAGAUUUGUGUAA